ACUGCGUUGGACACGCCUUAAAUGACAGGCUUCUUUUCUGUACUGAACUUCUCAAUAGUCUUCUUGGGGUUUUUAAGUAACGCGUUUGCUAAAAUGUCAGCCGAACGUCUCGCUAAAAUCCCCGAGGUUGAUAUAGAUGCGAAUGGCGUGUUUAAAUAUGUCCUCAUACGCGUGCACAGCAAAACUGACGACGAGUCACAUGUGGAUAUUGUGAGAGGAUACGCAUGGGCCGAGUAUCACGCUGAUAUAUAUGAUCGUGUUUCUGGAGAACUGGAGAGAGCAGGUGGGGUGGACUGUGAAUGUCUCGGAGGAGGACGAAUCAAACAUAACAGCGCUGAGAAAAAAAUCCACGUCUACGGCUAUUCCAUGGGCUUCGGAAGAGCAAAGCAUGCCGUUUCCACUGAGAAAAUAAAGGCUUGUUACCCAGACUACGAGGUCACUUGGGCAGAUGAGGGGUAUUAAGAAGUUGUUUCCAACUUGUCUGUCUUAACAGAGUAAUGGACUGUUUCAGGUUGUGCCAAAGUUGGAAAAAAAAACAUGGACAUAUUAACAUGAUUCAGAUAUGGAUGAAAAAAGGCCAACUUUUCACAUUAAAGCCGGAGGUCAUUUUCUUUAUUAUUUUUGUAUUAAUUGGAACUUAUUUCAACAAGGAAGAAUUUACAGUGGGGAAAUAAGUAUUUAACACAUCUGCAUUUUUACUAGUAAGGAGAUUUAUUAUGACUCAACUUGUAUACUUAAAUGUUCUGAUUUCUAUGAAUUCAAUAUUUGGCUUGAUAGCUACAUCUGGUGGUAAUUUUGUGUCAAUAGCCCACUUAGAAAUCCCCGUACUGUUAAAAAUCUUGAUGUGUCAAAUAUUUAUUUACUUAUUUUUGUGGUUAUAAACGUAGCUAUUUAAUUUACCAAGAUAGGAAAUGAUGCACUAAAUAGGUUAGUGGGGAAGGUUAUUUAUUUUAUGGUAUACUAUAAAACUAUUAUAUAGCUAAAGGUGACAUCCUGAAAAAGAUGUUAACUCAAGGGAAGCAAGCACUCUACAGACCGUUUUAUUAUGCGGUCAGGUUAAAUAAAGUCACAAUACAACUUAAAUGCACUUGAGUAUAGUAAGAAAAAGGUGUCAUUAAGGUUAUUUAUGGUGCUUAACUACUACGCAUAAAAAUCUUUUGUAAGAUCCACCAGACAUGAUCCGGAGGUUGUAAACCUUGCUUACAAACUUAAGCUUGUCAGCAUUGUUUCUUGAAAAUCUCAUUAAAAUGUGUAAUAAUUUCUUUCCAGGUAUAAAGAAAUUAUAUUUGAAUGUACUAAAAAUAUACUUAAAUACCAGCAAGUAUAUUUUUAGUACAUUAAUAUGUUUGUGCUAAAUGAUAAGGGAUUCCCAGUUUCCAAGACAGGACAGGUGUGUUUAUUUAUAAAUUAUGCUAAUGACUUAAAUAUCCUAAGGCCUAGUCCUGGUUUAAGCUAAUCCCUUUCUGGGAAACCAUCUCUAAGGGGUGGUUUCCCAGACAGGGAUUAGCUUAAACCAGGACUAGGCCUUAGUUUAAUUAGGAAAUAUAACUAGUUUUAACAAAUAUGCCUUCCUAAAAACAUUACUUGUGUGCAUUUUUAAGCAAAACAAAGAGCACUGAUGUAUUUUAAGAUAUGUCAAUGCAAGUUUUUUAUAGUUAAGACAGCUCUUUCAUUUAUUUUAGUCUAGGACUAGUCUAAUCCCUGUCUGGGAAACCACCCCUAAAAAGUUAUACACUUCAAAAUUACAAAUUAAAGGUAUACUUUAACUUCAGUAGUACCUUAGUGCACAAAUAAGUAUACUAAAUGUAUUAAAUAUAAUAAAUGAAUUAAUAAAAUAUUACAUUUGGCGACACCAGACAAGUUUUACUAAAGCAUUUGUAUAAACUACAGCAUUUAAAGCGACAGUGUCAAAUCAGCAAAUUUUUCAUUUAAGCCCUAAAAAUGUCACAAAAGUAAACAUUUGUAUUACUUGAAUGUAGGUUUUACUUGCACAAACCAUAGAAAUGCACUGCAUUUGUUGAAUAAAUUAUUUUUGUCUCUAUUAUUGCUAA